CCGGCCAACGUUGGUGCAAUAGAACAAACGGGCGAGCAUGAUGCAAGCCAGCGCGAUCGCUUACGGCGACGAGAUCGACCUCGAGACGCAGCCUCUGAUCGUCGAAGCGACGCCCGACGCGAUGCUGACGCUGCGCGUCAAGACGCUCUCGGAGAAGCCGCUGACGAUUGAGCUCCCGGCUUCGACGACCGUCGGCGCCUUUAAGAGCGCCAUCAAGGAGAAGGCCAACGCCGAGGGCAAGUUCCUGCGCCUCAUUCACCAGGGGAAGAUGCUCUCGGACGACGCAGCGACGCUUCUUGCCUGCCACGUUAAGACAAACGACUUUAUCCAUUGUGCCAUGAGUGCGGCGCCGCCGAAAUGCGUCGUCCAGCAGAUGCAAGAGCAAGAGGAAGACGACGCGUCCGUCUCGCAGAACCGCCGCGGCUUUGACAGCUUGCGCGACCGAUUGAGCCGCGAAGAAGUGCAAGCGCUCCGCCUGCACUUUUACCCGCAGGUGUCGGCCACGAUCAACCAGUCCGAGCCCCGCGAAGGAGAGACGGCCGAAGAUCGCAUCUACCGCGUCGAGGAGGAGUGGAUGGCAUCCCAGGGUCCGCAGUCCGAGUUUGCGCUGAACGUUCGCCCGCGACCGGGUAGCUUGCCCCUGCGCGCCAACUUUGAUACGCAGCACCGCAUCGACAUGCCGGAGCUCGCGCUCAUGGGUGGCGACAACGAAGGGACCCAGGUUGACAUGAUCUGGGGCAUUGCGAUGGGCCUCAUCCUCGGCUUCUUCAUGCUCUUUCUCCUUUGGGAGCGCACGAUUCCGCGUCGCCAAAAGGUCGGGAUCGUCAUUGGCGUAGUCAUGAACCUCAUGCUCAACGUGGUCCAACGCUCCGUACCCGACGCCAACUGAUGACAGCAGCGCCAUCUUCUCACCCUUCGUAUUUAGCUUGUAGUAACCUCUCUAUUCCAUCGUGUCCCGUUCCAUGCA